AUGUCGGAUUCAGGAGACUCCUCAAAGGCAGAGAAGAAAAGGGAGUACAAUAGAAAUGCCCAGCGACUGUUUCGACAACGUCGGAAAGAGCAUCUCAAAUCGUUGGAGCGUGCUGAUAAGGAGCGCUCAUCUUCACACGCUGAGGAACUUCAACGUUUAAGGGAAGAUAUUGAGCAGCUGAGAGCUGAGAAUAGAGCCCUUAAAUCAUGCAGCAAGAUCUCCUCACCACAUGCAUCAUCCGUCCCUUCAUCUGUGGUCAUGCCUGGGAGUCCGUCACCAUAUCCGACCAGCCCCUUUCGUUCUCUUGAGUUGUACGAUUCUGCACAUGGUUCAGAUGACCUAGUAAGAUCUCCAUCAGAGAUCCAAGGAGAGGAACUAUAUCAGGAACGCCACGAAUAUAGAGCUCGCGGGCAUCGAUCAAGACAGACAACGGGUCCGGAUUCCUUCUGCGCCCUGUUUCCCCAGGACAUUUCCCUCGUUCGUCGCAAUUUGCAUUUACAACUAGCCCCCGUCCUGGAUUUACAUAUAAUCAGCAACCCGCAACUCCACCUAUCAACACUUGCUGCGAUAGGACCCUCGCUACCACCGGCACUUCAACCGACUCUGCUGCAACUCCAGACACCGCACCAUGCAUAUAUUGACCUGAUUCCUUCGCCAAAUCUGCGUGAUGCUUUGAUUCAGGCUGGAUUUGCGGUAGCAAAUUCAUUUCUUACCGAAGUCUGUACGUUUGUGUACGAGACCGAGGACCUGGGCCAGUUGACAAUCUGGGGCCGGGAUUAUCUGAAUGUCAUGUCGUGGGAAUUCUCUGAGGGAGUGCUCAAGGCAUGGCCGAAUCUUUUGACGGCCGAGUGGAGAGAGCGGGCGAAUUUUUGGCGAGCGCAAAGGAGUGAGCCGUUGAUUAUUUUUGAUUGAUUUGGUUGGCAUUGCCUGAUGUGAUGCUGAAUGUAUUAUUACUCGAUUGCUUUGAUGGAUAAAUGGUGGUCGCAUGGCAGAGGUGUUCUUGACUGGUUCAUUUUUCGGGAUGUGAGAUUUUGAUAUUAUGAUAGCGC